AUGCGGUACGCAUUUGCCCUAUUUCUACUCGCGUCGGCGGGGGCCAUGCCCGCGCUGGACAAAGACCCGGACCAUGGUGUCGUGGGGAACGUAUUGGGGGUCGUUAAGGAGUGCUUCGACGGGGACGUAUCCUUGUGCCUCAAGGAGAAAGCCUUGAAGUAUGUGGAGACUUUGUCGUCUGCGCGGGAAAUGAACCUCGUCGAGGGUAUCACGUUGAUCGGCACCGGCUCUCCAAGGUCUGCGAGGUCGUACGAGCCUCUGGCAGACGAGCCAAAGGCCAGGGAAGCGCAAUUGGAAACCAGGCUGGUUGACUCCGCUGCUGACUUCUUAGAAAACCAUGUUGUCGAGUUCCGUAUGCCGUCAUCUGCUGUCGAAGGCAUGAAGCGUUCUCUUGAAGAAGCUCGUGGCAAAAAGAAGAAGUUGAAGCAGCUCAUCCCCCUUUUGGCUAUCGCUAAACUGAAGAUUAUGGCAUUGAUCCCUCUCUUCCUUGGUAUCAUCGCCUUCGCUGCUGCCAAGGCUGUUCUCCUCGCCAAGAUCUCUCUUCUUGUCGCCGGUAUCAUUGCCCUGAAGAAACUCCUCGCAAGCAAGCACCAUGAAACAAGUUACGAAGUGGUCGCCCAUCCCCAUCAUGAAGAACACUACGCAAGCAGUGGCCAUGGAUGGGGCAGAUCAAUCGACGAAGCCCAAGACUUGGCAUACUCGGGACAUGUUAAGUCAGAUUAA